AUGCCACACGCUGGUCCCAUGGACUUCCAGGCCCUCAUCCUAUGUGGCCCUGGAGGUUCACUCAAUACAUUCACCUCCAGACCUGAGGAGUAUCCAAAGUGCCUCAUUCAAGUCGCAAACAGACCUAUGUUAUUCUAUGCCAUCGAUUUUUGCAGGCGAUCAGGUGUCACUGAUAUCACGUUGAUCACCCCUCCACUGUCUGUCCCUCCCCUUCGGGCUGCUUUGGACCAGAACCCAUAUCUUACAUCGUUCUACUCGCCCUCGGUCUCGCUCAUCGCACCGAAGGACCUCGAGAUGACAAUGGGAACUGCCGAGCUCCUUCGUCUCCCAGAAGUCCAGAGAUGUAUCACCACGAAUUUUCUUCUCCUUCCUUGUGACCUCAUCUGUGAAAUCCCCGGUGAGUCAAUCCUCGAGGCGUGGAUUUCCAGUCCGUAUGCCCUCAACGAUGGUAGUGAUUCAAGAGGGACUCAACAUGCAUCCCCUCCAACCAAUUCCUACUUCGAUCGCCAGCGGGAAGCUCGCCCCGGUGGUCUGGCUGUGUACUAUCAAACAGACCACCGAGAGGAGAGUAUUCAGGCAGAAGGAACAGAUUUCAUAGCUAUUGCACCACUCCAGCAGAAUGAAGAACCUGUUGUCCACGGCCCCGAUGGACCGUUAAUCCCACGGUUCAGUCUAUCCAAACUUCUCAUGUCAAUGCCAAUGGAUACAAUCAAGGAGAAAAUGAAAGAAGACCAAGGCCUUCUCCUUCGCCAUUCCCUUGUCCAAAAUUGUCCGCGCAUCAGAAUACUCACCACCUUCCGCGAUGCCCAUGUCUACGUCUUCCCCUAUUGGGUCAAAGACCUAGUCCACCACCAAAGCAAACUGAAAUCCGUUAGGGAGGAUCUGGUCGGCGCCUGGGCCAAGUCAACAUGGCAGAAAGGUCUCGGCGCCAAACUAGGGUUGACCAAGAACUUCAACGAAGACACCACUUUCACCCAGGAGACAGAAUUUACGCCCGAAAGCAGCUAUACUGGCGCAUUCGUUGACAAAGUAAUCGACAUCAAGGAUAUGAGCACUACCAGGACCCGUUCUAGCUGCGAACUCCAGCCAGAGCAAUUACACCAGUCCAUCGAACUGCCGCAAAUUCUAGCCUACGUCCACCGAGGAUCAACUCCGUUCAUUCGACGGGUCGAUAACAUAGGCGUCUUGCUUUCAACAUCCCUUUUCCUCGCAAAACUGCCUUCUAUCGAGGAAGUUGGUCGCAAGGCGGCGUCGCCUCUAGCACACGCCCAUAAAGUUGCCUACCCCGAAGGCGUGGCUUCGCCCAGCAACGUUACAAAGAAGGAUUGUCUGCUCGGUGAGAAUGUAAUUGUUGCAUCGGGUGCUGUUAUUAAAGAGAGCGUGAUCGGUGCGAACUGCCAGAUUGCUAGUGCUGCCCGCAUCAUUCGGUGCGUUUUGAUGGAGGGCGUCGUUGUUGAGGCUAGGGCUCAAUUAACCAGGUGUGUGAUUGGUCGCCGAGCUCAGAUUGGUCGUGGAUCUGUGCUGAAGGGGUGCGAGGUUCAGGAUGCUAAUGUGAUUCCGGAGGAAACCAAUGCUAGGGACGAGAAGUUUAUGGUUUCUGAGAAUUUGUUUGUGUAA